GCUUUAAUCAAUAUGGAAGUGAUAGGUCUUCCACCAAUCGAAGUAACCAUUUUUGAUUUUUGACAGCUAUAUUAGGGAGGUGAGUGCUUAUAGGAAGGCUUCACUUCAAGGUGCGUGUAUCGGUCGCAAGAUGAAGAGCAACAUGAAGUUCUUCAAAAAUAGGAGAAUGCUCAGCACUUUCGAAAUACAGCUCAUUAGCUUGUUCCUCCUGCUGCUGGCGGUGUGUGUGGGUCUAAUCGUCGUUGCUUGGCUCGCAAUCCACCAGCCCCAAGGCCAGGACCACCACAACACAACCAACCAGACUUCUCAUAUUCUAAGAGGCUCCUUCAAGAUAACUCAAGGAGCCUUGUACACAGCUCAGUUACAAAACAGAUCAUCACUCCAAUUCAAGGCUCUUGCAUUUGAUGUCAUAAAUUUGGGAAAGUAUAUGCUGGGACAACUCCAAGACCAGUACAAAAACUGUGAGAUUCUGGAGUUCCGGAAAGGCAGUGUAGUUGCAUUUUUCCAGCUCUACUUCACCACGGCUGUGUCAAACACCACUGUAAGGAACGAGAUGGUGGCAGCCAUCAAAGCAAAUGAGGGGUCAUUUCUGGGAAACUUUCGAGUAGACCUGGACAGUAUUCAGAUCACAGACCAGUGUUUUCCAGGAAGCUGGAUGUGUGGCGAUGGGAAGACUUGCAUAAAUCAAACUUUGUUGUGCAAUGGAGAGGCUGAUUGUCCGGAUGCCCUGGAUGAAACCGAAGAACAUUGUGCUACACUCUGUGAUGGGAAGUUUCUGCUGACUGGCCACUCUGGCUCAUUCCAUUCUCCUUACAACCCUCAGCCCCAAGGUCAGAAAAUUUCCUGCAGCUGGGGCAUCAGAGUUGAACCAGGCCUUUACAUAAAAGUGAACUUCACUGACUUUCAAACAAAAUUCACUGAUUUCCUAGACCUAUACCAGGGAUUGGGCCCAAGGAAAGAAUUAAUUGCCUCACUCUCAGGUACCAAUCCUGGAUCAGUAAGGAUUUUUUCCCAUCAGGCAACAGCGGUGUUCUCUUCGGAUGAUUCCUCCUCCCGUGAUUUUGGUUUCAAUGCAACCUUCACCGUGUUCAACAUCACUGAAGUCAGCAAUCAGGAGAAAAUAGACUGCGAUUUCCAAGAUGGAUUUUGCUACUGGAGACAAGAUCCAACAAAUGUAGCUGAUUGGGAGAGAAUAAGUGGCCCUUCCUACCCGCCAUUCUCUGGGCCGACUAAUGAUCAUACAUUUGGGAACCAAUCAGGGUUUUAUAUUGUGGUACCCAGAAAUCAUUUUGAAAAGAUCCGUCUCUACAGUCCUGUGUUGUCCACUGAUACCAACUCUUCAUGUCUUAGUUUCUGGUACCACAUGUAUGGAAGGAAUGUCGCCAGACUAUGGGUUUGGAUCACCAUCAAUCAGGUCGAGUCGUUUAUAGCGUUCGAGAAGGAAGGAGAUUACGGGAAUCAGUGGAACUAUGGGCAGCUGACAAUCAAUGGAACUACAUCGGUCUGGGUCGUCUUCGAGGUUACGAAGAGUAAUGGGAUCCAGUCUGAGACUGCACUGGAUGACAUUUCCCUCACAACCGGGGCCUGCAAAGACAGCGGAUACCCUGAACCAACAGCAAAACCAAAGCCCACGCCACCCCCAGCAGGACCCACUGACUGUGGCGGUCCACUGGAACUGCGCGAACCAAACACUACCUUCAGUUCCGUCAAUUACCCCAGGAAAUACGUGAAUAGGGCAUUUUGUACCUGGAAUUUAAUUGCAGACAAGGGGAAAAAUAUUCAGCUCCACUUCGAAGACUUCAGUUUGCAAAAUAUUUUUGACGUGGUAGAAGUCCGAGAUGGAAGAGGAACAGAUUCUCUCCUGAUGGGUGUAUUCACUGGUGAAGGACCAUUUGGUGAUCUCUUCUCCACCAAGAAUGAGAUGACAGUCUUCUUCACCACGGACCAGUCAGUAACUAGCAGAGGAUUCCAGGCAAACUUCACCACAGGGUAUCGAUUGGGACAGCCAGACCCCUGUUCUACGGCUGAAUAUCAGUGUCGGAAUGGUCAAUGUCUCGCCAUGGGAAAGCUUUGUGAUGGCCGGCGAGACUGUGAAGAUGAGUCUGAUGAGGAGCACUGUGUGCGUCUGUUCAAUGGUUCUCAGAGCAGCGAAGGGCUGGUGCAGUUCAAGACAAACAAUGAGUGGAGUUCGGUGUGUUCAGGCCAUUGGACAGAAACAUUGUCAAACUCCAUAUGUCAGCUGUUAGGUUACAGAAACAGCAAUGAAACAUCAACAAUUCGUGACCUGAGCAAUGGGUCCUUUGUACUGGCGGUUAAUACAAGCGGAGGUUUAGAUCUUAUACCGAGUGAGAAGUGCCCGAAUUAUACUGUUUACCAGAAGUGCAAUAGGAAACCUUGUGGGAGGGUGCUGGUGCCACAGGCGAAUGCUGAGAGGAUCGUCGGUGGUAAGGACGCGAAAGAAGGCUCUUGGCCAUGGAUUGUGUCCCUUCAGUUUAACAGUAGACACGUGUGUGGAGCCACUCUGGUCAGCAGGCAGUGGAUUGUUUCUGCAGCCCACUGUGUAUAUGGGAGGAACCUCAUGCCCUCAUGGUGGAAGGCAGUGUUGGGUCUCCACAACCAAAUGAAUCUCACAUACCCCCAGACCCGGGUCCAACUGAUCGAUCAUAUCCUGAUAAACUCUCAUUACAAUAAAAGGACUAAGGACAGUGAUAUUGCCUUGAUGCACUUGGAAUCCCCUGUAAACUACACAGAGUACAUCCAACCGGCUUGCCUCCCAGACAGGAAGCAACAUUUCUCCCCGGGAAUGGUGUGUUCCAUCGCUGGCUGGGGUGCAGUGAAUCAAGGUGGUCCAGCUUCACUUGUCCUUCAGGAGGCAGAGGUUCCUCUCGUAACCAAUGAAAAGUGCCAGGAAAAUUUGAUGCAGUAUAACAUUACACAUAACAUGAUGUGUGCUGGUUAUUCUAAAGGAGGUAUAGACACCUGCCAGGGAGAUUCUGGAGGACCCCUCAUCUGUAAACAAGCCAAUCAGUGGUUUCUGGCUGGAGUGACGUCAUUUGGGCAUGGAUGUGGGCUGCCCGAGAGCCCAGGGGUCUACGCCCGAGUCACGGAAUUCGUUGACUGGAUACAGGAGUUCCUUAUUUAAGCCCACCUCUGAAUACUGGGGAGAAAGUUUGGAGCUUGCCUCAAUGCUGAAUCAUUUUAAUUUUCAUUGGUGAAUGUACUUGCACCACCCCUUUGAACCAUUAACUUGAAGCUGUUACUUGGAAACGCAUCGAAUUUUACAGGAAUGUACUAAAUGCUGAAAGUGGGCCUUAGCACAGUUGGACAAACAGUAAUUAAUUCAAAGGGUAUUUCUUUCUUUUCAAACUGUUUCAUGCUGAAUUGAUAAAUUAUAAACUCAGUGACCAGUCCAUUCGUUAGCUCCUAUAUCUAAGAGGGUGGCCACUCAGUGUAUGUUCAUGGUCUUCUGCUACCAUGGCUCAUUCACUUUGGCUUGUUGUGCCUUACAGGAUGCUCUUUUGUGAACAACUGUUGUAACAUGUGGUUAUUUGAGUUACUGUCACUUUGCUAUCAGCUCAAAUCAGUCUGGCCAUUCUCCUCGACCUCUCUGAUUAACAUGGGAUUUCCACUCACAGAACUGCAGCUCACUGGAUUUUUUUUUGUUUCUCGCAUGAUUCUCUGUAAAAACAACUGUUGCUCAUGAAAAUCCCAGGAGAUUGGCAAGUUUCUGAGAUACUCAAACCACCCCAUCUGGUGCCAAUAAUCAUUCUGAUGUUUGGUCUGAACAACAACUGAACCUCUUGACCAUGUCUGCAUGCUUUUAUGCAUCGAAUUACAGCCACGUGAUUGACUGAGUAGAUAUUUGCAUUAAGAAACUGGUGUACAGGUGUACCUAAUAAAAUGGUGUGGACACUGAGUGACAUCUGCGUCCAAUUAAUUUAGAAGCUAUGUCCUUGCAAAUUCCUGUGUAACCCAACAUGUAGAAAGCAAAAUAAUAAACUGCUGGAAGAAAUCAAUAGGUCAAGCAUCAGGGGUGUGAUGGGGGCAGAUAUGAUAGGCACAUAAAUGUUCAGAGAAUAGAGGGAAAUGGACAAUGAGUAGGAAGAAGGAAUAAAGUAUGAUUAGCUUAAAAAUUAGCUUGAUACAAUAUCGUGGGUUGUAGGGCUAGUUCAAGAGCAGUCCUAUUCUAUGUUCUAUCCGUGGAGGUUGGUCAAGGCUUCAGGCCGAGUCCCUGAAUCAAGAUGAAGAGAAGAUAGUCAAUAUAAAGAGAUGAAGGGAAAAGCUGAGGCAAGGGUGGUAGGUGAGACAAGAAGGUUGAGACAGAGACUGGUAGGUCAUAAUUAGAAACAUAAGGAGAAGAAAAUAAGCAGAAUGGAAAGGUGUGAGCAGACUAUAGAAUUCUUUACUGAUUCUACAGGAUGUAACUACUACCCCAACAUUUUGUGGUGCUCCAACACACUUCUGUAACUAUUGCUUGGCUCCAUUCCUACUCUGAUUACUGGUCAGAUUAUCUCCAUCUGGAUUCUUGGAAGAACCUACCCCCCUCCCAUGCUGUUCCAUGAGGCCACCUCUCAGAUGUGCACUGAUAAGACCUGGAUGGUCCAUCUACUGCCUCUGGACAAGGAAACUACUCAUUCAACCGAUGAACCCCAAUGAAAUCAAGAAGACCAGUGCCAAUGUUGGGUGGUCCACACCCUUCCCAAGAACACUUUUCCAAUCCAAGGCCACCACUCAGACAAUAAGAAAAAAGAAAGAAGAAAGUCUACAACAUCAAAAGCAACUAACACAAAAUGCUAGAGACACUCAACAGGUCAGGCAGCAUCUAUGGAUAUGAAUAGAUAGUUGUGGUUUCGGGCCGAGACCCUUCUCAGAAUGCCCACAACUACUCCGCUUCAGUUCAUCCCAGGUCCCAGUUCUCUCCAUGUGUAGACAUGCUCCCUCUAUGUCAGCCUCGCUCUAUUUGCUUGUGACACCGUCUUCAACACCUACCUGUUCCAAUGCUCCUCUAUCCUCCUCCACCCCCCACUACCACUGUGCUGCACUCAAUGCCAAUUCUGCUUCCUAAACCACCAAGACUUCACAGUUAAAACUACUCCUUUCAUAAUUACCCGACUGCUUGUCCUCGCUCCCCUUCCCUAUCUCCAUAAUCGUCUCCAGUCUCACCACCUCAAAUCUCCAUAUCAUUGCUCCAAUUCUUCUCUUCCUCCAGUUUUCCUAAAAUAAUUCCCAAUCCAACAAAACCCAGUACCACCCUUAACCUUUUCAUCACACUCCUUAUACUUUUAAAACCCUUCACAGAACUUUGUUUAAAAUUCUCUCAUUAACAUCUCUUUUAAUUUUAAUUUUUUAGAGAUCCAGCACAGUAAUGGACCCUUCCAUCCCAAUGAGAUUACACCCAAUUAUACUCUGUGACUAAAUAACCUUCUAACCCGUUCAUCUUUGGAAUGUGGGAGGAACCCGGACCAUCCGGAGGAAACCCACACUGUCAUGGGGAGAACAGACAGCAGCGGGAAUUGAACCACAAUAGCAUUACGCUAA